AUGGUGUUCCCCGACUCUUCAAGCGUGAUUGAGGAGAAGCACGAAAAUUUAACCGACCUCUCCGAGAAGAACAUGCAUUGUGAGGCCUUGGAAGCCGCUACUACAUCCGACAAGACAUCAACAGCAACAGAGGAUGAAGGUGCUGCUCCAGAACAAGUCGCCAAAGAUGGAGGCUCAAGAGCGUGGCUCCAAGUGGCUGGCUCAUUCCUCGUCUUCGCAAAUCUCUGGGGAAUGAGCUUCGCGUUCGGCAGCUUCCAAUCAUACUAUGAACUGGACUACAUUCCCGAGCAGUCAGCGUCUUCCAUCUCGUGGAUUGGCACAGUCUCAAUCUUCCUCCUGGUCUCCAUCGGCGUUAUAUCGGGUCCGCUCUUCGAUCUGGGAUACUUCCGUUCCAUGCUAGUGACCGGCGCUUUGAUCGAGACGCUCGCCGUAUUCCUCACCAGCGUUAGCAAGACCUACUGGCAGUUGAUGCUUACCCAAGGCGUGCUGAUGGGAAUGGGCAAUGGCCUGCUCUACUUGCCGGGCUUGGCACUCGUGAGCAGGGCUUUCAAGCGCCAUCGCGCUAUAGCGAUGGGAAUCACGACUUGCGGAGCACCCGUCGGAGGGAUCAUAUAUACGCUUGUCUUCGAACAGCUCAUCUCGAAGCUCUCGUUCGGCUGGACGGUACGUGUGAUGGCGUUCAUCAUGCUCGGCACCUAUUGCAUCUCUUUCCCGCUUCUGCUCUGGGGUGUCAGUAAUCUAGGAGACCUCGCAUCUGGUGCACCGCGGAAGCUGUUCGACAGAAGCGCAUUGGCAGACGUACCCUUUUGGACUUACAGCACUAGCAAUUUCCUGAUCUUCUGCGGAUACAUGGUCCCUUUCAUCUUCAUUCCAUCAUAUGGUCAGUUGGUCUUGGGGGUCUCGAGAAGCUUCUCCCUCUACAUCUCGAUGAUUGCACAAGCGGCAAGCAUUGUCGGACGUCUGGUGGCUGGUUGGUCUGCAAGUCGCAUUGGCGUAAUGAUACCCUGGCUUGUAUGUGUCGUAAGCAGCGCGACGGUAUGCAUUGCAUGGAUGGGUGCGCACAGCACUGGAGCUUUCGUUGCCAUUGCUGCGAUGUAUGGAUGCUUCAGCGGCGCUCUCAUUCCGCUGCCUCCAAGCGUCUUCCCUGUUGUCUGUCCAGAUCCAAAAGUGUUCGGGGCGAGACUGGGAAUGGCACAGGCUUUUGCGUCGUUUGCCAGUCUGAUAGGACCGCCAAUCGCGGCUGCGCUGGCUUCGGUGUCCAGCGAAAAUGGCGAAACAAACUACCUGGGUCUGCAGCUGUUCGCCGGAUUAGUGAUGAUGGCAGGCGGAGUCAAUUUGGUCGCAUUGUGGAUUGUACUGAUGAGCAGAAGGAAAGGUGGCUCAAAGUUGAUAUAG